AUGAUCAAGAUCAUAUUUAGUAUUGUUUUUACUUAUUUAUUAUUAUUAAAAUUGAUUAUAACAAUCAAUAUAGAUCUUGAAAUGAAUCAACAAGAAGAGAUUAAAUCUCUUCGAAGUAAACAUAUUUUUGCUAAUCAACGUGAAUAUAUUGCGAUACUUAACAGACGGCGACAUUUAGCUCGAAUGAAAUUUGAAGAAUAUUGUAAACCUAAUGAUAAAAUACUGGAACGAAUUUGUCCACCACUUGAACAAUGUUUAGUAACAUCAUUAAAUCAAGAUCAAAUUAAACAAUAUUCAUUAAGAAAAUUACUCGAACGAAAAGAGGAUGCUAAUCAAUUUCUUCAUAAUUUUAAUAGAAGAAAACGUUUUACUUUAUCAUCUUUUCUAAAUUCUGAUGAUAGUUUCAAAGAAAAAUAUAUACAUGAACGUCGUCGAGAAGGAUUAGUUUUAUAUGAAGAUUAUUGUGAAUCAACUCAUCAAUUACCACGAUCUUGUCCACCAAUCGAUCGAUGUAAAUGUGGUGAUUGUGAUACAUAG